ACUGAAGCGAGCCACAGAGGCAGGCUCUAACUCCAACCCAAUGAGCUCGCAGCCCUCACACACACUCCUCACACACACACUCACACUCUCCUCAGAGCCGGCUCUCGCUCUUGCUUCAACCCUGGGACACAGAAGAAGAAGAAGAAGGAGAGGAGAGAGAGGCAACGAGUGGCAGAGAGGGAGAGUGAGGGUGAGGGAGUAAGAGAGGAGUGAGGGAGAGAGAGGCAGAGGGAGACUGGCGGGGUGUGAGGGAGAACACCAUGGCUUCAGAUCCGGGGCUGGCUGCGAUGCUGCUAUGGACUAUAUCACUACAGGCUCUGGGAACCGCAGGAACUAACAGCAACGAAGUGAAUCUACUGGACACGACAACAAUCACAGGAGACUGGGGCUGGCUAACGUAUCCAUCACAUGGGUGGGAUGCCAUUAAUGAGAUGGAUGAGUACUUCAGUCCUAUCCACACAUACCAGGUCUGUAACGUGAUGAGCCCCAGCCAGAACAACUGGCUGAGGACGGCCUGGAUCCCUCGAGAAGGAGCAAGGAGGAUCUACAUCGAGGUCAAGUUCACCCUGAGAGACUGCAACAGCAUGCCUGGAGUACUGGGCACCUGCAAGGAAACCUUCAACCUGUACUACUACGAGUCUGACAGAGCGGUAGGCUCGGCCAUACGGGAGAACCAGUUCAUAAAGAUUGACACCAUCGCUGCUGACGAGAGCUUCACCGGGGUGGACCUAGGAGUCCGCAGACUCAAACUCAACACUGAGGUGCGAGGUGUGGGCCCUCUGACCAGGCGAGGCUUCUACCUGGCUUUCCAGGACAUUGGCGCCUGCAUCGCUCUCACUUCUGUGCGAGUAUACUACAAACGCUGCGUGGGCGUGAGCCGUAACCUGGCGGUGUUCACUGAUGUGGUGACGGGGGCCGACUCGUCCUCUCUAGUGGAGGUCAGGGGUCAGUGUGUGGAUCACGCAGAGGAGAGGGACACACCCAAAAUGUACUGCAGCGCUGAGGGGGAGUGGCUGGUGCCCAUUGGGAGGUGUGUGUGCUCCGCUGGAUUUGAAGAACAUAGAGACUCCUGCGUGGCCUGUGAGGUGGGUUUCUAUAAGCCGGUGGCGGGCGAUGGGCUGUGUGGUAAAUGUCCUCAACACAGCCACUCAGAGACCAGAGCUGCCCUCUCCUGCCCCUGCGACUCCAACUACUAUCGUGCGGCAGAUGACCCACCAGCAGCUCCAUGUUCCCGCCCUCCAUCUGCUCCAGUAAGUGUCAUCUCCUCGGUCAAUGGGACGUCUGUGAAUUUAGAAUGGGAUCGCCCUCUGGAUACCGGGGGUCGCAGUGACCUGCAGUACAGCGUGUUGUGUCAGAAAUGCUCAGGGGAAGGAUGGCCCUGUGAGGACUGUGCAUCCUACCCGGGAGGCGUCGGUGGAGGGAAGGCAGGCGGAGGAGCAAGUAUCGGGGCAGGAGGAGGAGGGAUGGUGGAGCGUUCAGGCACUGCAGCAGUUCGAUUUGUUCCUCGACAGACCGGGCUGACGGAGCCCUGGGUGACGGUGCUCAACCUGGUGGCUCACACCAACUACUCCUUCCGCAUCCUGGCUAUGAAUGCAGUGACGCACAUGAGCAAUGAGCCAUCACCUUAUGCCUUGGUCAACAUCACAACGAACCAGGCAGCCCCCUCUGAAGUGUUAGCGAUCCGCCAGGAGAACACCAGUCAGAACAGCGUGACUCUGCUGUGGCAUGAACCCGACCAGCCCAACGGAGUCAUCCUGGAGUACGACAUCAAAUACUAUGAGAAGGAUAAUGAAGAGCAGAGUUACUCCACUCUGAAGUCUAAAAAUACCAGCGCCCGGGUGUCAGGGCUGAAGCCGGGCACCAAGUACAUCUUCCAGGUCCGAGCUAGAACGUCUGCAGGCUGCGGACGCUUCAGCCAGAAUGUAGAGAUCCAGACUGGGAAAGCAGCUCCUCUGCGCUACAACACCAUGACCAUCGUCUGGAUCUGCAUGGCUCUGGUAUCCAGCCUGGUCACCUUUCUGGCCAUCAUCAUCUGCAGGAAACGGCAAGGCUACACUUUACCACACUACCCAUCGCUGCUACACUGUGGCUACAGCAAAGCCUUCCAGGACUCUGAUGAGGAGAAGAUGCAUUACCAGAACGGUCACGUGUCAUUCCCCGAUGCAAGGUUCUAUAUCGACCCGCACACAUACGAGGACCCCUGCCAGGCAGUCCAUGAGUUUGCCAGAGAAAUUGAAGCUUCCAGGAUCAAAAUCGAGAAAAUCAUUGGUUCAGGGGAGUUUGGGGAGGUGUGUUACGGACGUAUGAGACUCCCGGGGAAAAGAGACAUCCCAGUGGCCCUGAAGACCCUGAAAGCAGGAUACACCGAAAAGCAGAAGAGGGACUUCCUGGCUGAGGCGUCCAUCAUGGCCCAGUUCGACCACCCCAACGUCAUCCGCCUGGAGGGAGUGGUAACUCAGAGCAAACCGGUGAUGAUCAUCACAGAGUACAUGGAGAACGGCUCUCUGGACUCCUUCCUCAGGAGACACGAUGGCCAGUUCACCAUCAUCCAGCUGGUUGGGUUGCUGCGCGGCAUUGCAGCAGGUAUGACCUACCUGUCUGACCUGGGCUACAUCCACAGAGACCUGGCUGCCCGCAACAUCCUGGUCAACAGCAACCUGGUGUGUAAGGUGUCUGACUUCGGCCUGUCCCGAGUACUGGAGGAUGACCCCGACGCUGCAUACACCACCAGUGGUGGGAAAAUUCCAAUCCGCUGGACAGCCCCUGAGGCCAUUGCCUACAGGAAGUUCUCUUCGUCCAGUGAUGUGUGGAGCUACGGAGUGGUCAUGUGGGAGGUGAUGUCCUAUGGAGAGCGACCAUACUGGAACCUCACCAACAGAGAUGUGAUCAAAUCUGUGGAGGAGGGCUACAGGCUGCCUGCUCCUAUGGGCUGCCCUGCUGCUCUACACACACUCAUGCUGGACUGCUGGCAGAAGGAUCGCAAUGAGAGGCCACGCUUUUGCCAGAUAGUCACCGUUCUUGACAAGCUAAUCCGCAACCCAGAGAACCUGAAGUCUUUGGACACGCUCUGCAGCAGUUUAAACAGUCCUCCACUGAUGGAGAGAGCUAUCCCUGACUUCAGUAGCUGUAACUCAGUAAACGAGUGGCUGGACACCAUAAAGAUGGGCCGCUACAAGGACCACUUUGCAGCAGGGGGAUAUCACACGCUGGGACACGUCAUAGGCAUGAACCAAGGGGACAUCCAGAGGCUCGGCGUGACACUGAUGGGCCACCAGAAGAAGAUCAUGACCAGCGUCCAGCUGAUGAGGGCGCAGGUCCUCAACAAGAGUGUGCCGUCUGUGCACGUAUAACUCCACAGCUGAGGUGUCUUUCUGGGGAAAUCUAGGAACCCAGGUUUCUAUAAGGCCUAGAUGGACUCUAAUGGAAUUUAAGAUGAUCUGAUAAAUGUCAGAACAACAUAUGUGGGAACUUUACAAGACUUUUUCCUCAAGAGAGUGAAGAACAAAACAUGAAAGGUUUUAACUGUGGAGCAAGUAAACAUGGCUUAUUUGGGACAAGUCCGACCUUUCAUUUUUUUUCCUAUCCGAUUACAUUUUCUGAGUUUAAAUGUCUUGUUUAUAAAUGGAAAGACUGCCUUAAUUACCACAAAUUAUUUUAAUUUUAUUGUCUACAAAGAGAAGAUAAUUUAUCAAUCAUGAAUUUAUCAGAGAAAUAUCAUUUCCUGAACUGGGCAACAGCAAGAGUACAUGGAGUGAUGGAGAGGGUCGGGAUGUUUUCAGAUGUUGUGAUAACACUCACUGCCUCUCCUGCAACAACGGCUUGAGAACGAGGCCCAGAAUGCGGCUGGAGUCAGAAAGGGUGGAGAAAAGUGAGAUAGGGCUCACCCGAGUUGCCAGAUCGUCUCCACAGGGGAGAAGACCUAUUUCACCCCAGGCUAUUAAUACCAACAACAGGAACAUUUCUCCGCUGACCAACCUUGAUGAAUGACCCCAGGAGAGCCCGAGAGCCCUCUGCCCAGUGUGAAGCUGCACGGCGCACAACUGCUGUACUUGGAAGAUAUGUAUGAUUCGGUUACAGUGCACUUUAUUCUACAAUCUCUCUGCAUUGGAGAGGCUUUGCAGUUGUGUCACAAAUCUUCUCUCAGCCGCAACUGAAGCCACGAAGUUGGCUGUUAAAGAAUUACCUGUUUGAAAAUAUUACAUAAACAAUGACUAAUUAAACAGUAUAAAACCCAAGAAGAAAAAGAGAUAUCUAACAUUCAUUAGUGUUUUAAGUAACUUGCUUAUGAGAUUUCUUUCCAGAUUUUAUUUAAAGUAUCUGUAAUUAAAUUACAUACAGGAUGUAUUUAAAUAGGCAUACAAAUUAUAUUGGUUAUACUUUUUCAGUAUAUUUGGGGAUUUCUUGUUACACCUCUUAUUUUAAAUAAAAUUACAAAUAUCCUGGUAUUUAUUGUGCAUUUCAAAUCAGGUUUAAAUGUCUAACAAAUAUAUUUUAAAUGCAUAUUUCAGUUUUGAGUGUGAAAGUGGGUUCUCGAUCUUGGGAAUAGUGGUUCGACACUUAACAAUCUUCAGUUUGCUGGUGAAGGACAUGAUAUGUGGUUGAAAUAGUAAGAGGCCCCCGAGUUAAGAUUAUUUUGUCAAACUUUCUGUCCUGUUGUUUAGUUAAAAUCUUGAAACUGCAAAAGAAAUCAAAAUCAAUUUCAAAUAUAUUACAAUAUAUAGUCUACUUCUCAAGCCUGGUCAGGAUACAUGCUUUCUGCAUUACCUUCACAAACAGAAACACAUUUUCAUGUAGCUUAAAUGCAUUUUUGAAAUGCAUUUGGAAGAGCCCAUGUAUUGAAAAUGUAUUUGAAAAAUAUAAAUCCUAAAUGAACAUUAGUUAACGUUUGGUUUUGUUUGUUAGCUAAGUAGUUGGCAGCAAGCUCAGUUAAGUAAAGCAGCUGGCAUUAAUGUGAACUGACCUCUAGAUGCUAACUCUAGCUUCUACUACACUAGUAUGUAAGCUAGUUGUACAACAGGAGAGUGGUAAUUAUAAUAAUUAACAAAGCACAACGUUUGUAAGCUAAAUACUUUAGUUUGUGUAAAAAAUAUCAGUAAAGCUGGGCAUGCUCUGUAUGAUUUGAGCCCAUUUCUGACACGAUUUUUGAGCUGCAUGACUCAAUUUAGAGCCAGACCGAAUUUCAGCUUGUGUACAGGGGAGCGAGGACCGAUCAGCUUCUCCUGAACGGCCGUCUGGCAUUUUCUGUAUGAAUUUCUGACAUGUCAGAAAUUUUGGUCAAUUCAGACACCUUGAAUGGUGUCUGAAUCUCAAUGUAUACAGUAAAAUGUAGCUAGCUGACCUCCAAUUCUCUCUGCUAAAAGGACAGGCCAUAGCUACUGUCCACCAGUUUUUUCUCUUUUCUCUUUUUCUUUUCCGACGUUUCGGCACAAAAGAUGACACAGAUGAUCGAAGCAGCACGUUUCUGCCUUGUUAGCGUUAUUGCUAGCAAACAAACCUCUACCUGCCUCCGGGCUUUCAAACGAGUCUUUACUGACAAUUGUCAAUAGCCAGAAUGCUCCGCAGAGGCCGACAGGCCUGUGUUUACAUGUAGUACUUAGGUCGUGGCUUGGCGAUCGGACCGUACCGCGUGAGCACGUAAAUUGUGAGCUUUGGCUCUAUAUCACAGUCAAGUCCUCGUAAUUCUCUCGUACAGUGGGGGUUGGAUUUAAACAACAUUUUUUAAAUCAUACGGUGUAUGCCCAGUUUAAAAGAAGCCAGCACAAAAUAUCUGUGUGCUGAAGUCUGUUUCAGUGCUAAACAACACCUGUUUACAGUGACUGUCCAAGGCCUACAAAAUGGCUGCCAGUGUCCCACUACGCACCCAGUGUUGGUUGAAUCAAAUCUCUGUUGUGACAUCAUUAAAGCUGGGGUAGGUCAUGUAUUUCGGAAGCAUUUCUUGUUAUAUCUGUUGAAAUUCUCUUUGCAUCCCGAAAGCAAUCAAUAAAUAAAAUGCUCUGACACAAAAAAAUGUGUGGUGUCUGUGGCUGUCGCAGGACUGUAAUAAGCACGGCCAGUCCUUUCUGGCUGGCCUGCCUACCAGCCCACCUGCGUGCACUCUGCCUAUGCACUCGCUGCACAUUCUUUCUGGUUUCUCCAGUGUUGCCUACCCCAGCUUUAAGCCCAGAAACAGUUGUAAAAAUCUGACAGUGGUCCAUGACUUUUUACCGAAAUGUAUCCAUGACUGCCAAACCUGUACAACAUUUUUAUAUUCCCUUAACUUUUCCCUUAAAUAUUAUAAUAUAAAUAUGCCCUACAUCUUUAUUGGCAAAAUCAGACAUACAUAAAGGUGGGUUGUCUUUGUACCCACGUUGUCGAGUAAUAUUUCUUCUGAGUAAUGUUUUGCUGGGAGGGUGCGUUACACCUGAAAGCCCUCGUAUUCUCAUGAAAAUUAUGAACAAAAUGGUUUUGUUUAAUUCAGUGGAUUUUUUCAUCCGUCAGCACUAAUACUAUUCAGUGCAAUUAUUCUGUACCCCAGAGUACAUAUCUGAACACAUUUGUUGUGUGAAUGCUGGGAAACUAGUACACAUAAGCUACACAGACUGUAAAAUAAAGUGUUACUUCUGAUUAUAUGUGAUUACACUGUUUGCCUCAGUGUUAAUGAAAUGGGGAAGAACAUGUAAGUAGAAUGUUUAUGUCUAAAGGCUCUCAAAAGUACAUAAUUAGUCCUAAUUUAUACCCCCUAUGCCAUCAAGAGAAUGUCUUUUUCUUGUGCACCCCAGUAGGUUUUCCUCUAUAUGAUUGAUGUCAGUUUUUAUUAGAGAAGAACCUCAUGGUAUUUUUUGAGGAUGUAUCAUAGCGGCAUUUCACUACUGGUUUCAAAAGAUUUCUUUUUUCUUUAGGACGCUUUUAAAGACACUGGACUUGAACUGAAAACCCAUAUUUUAUAAAGUUAGGAUAUGUUUUUGCUAGAUGAAUUGAUUUAUAAUGUAUACAGCAAGUUCAGUCACUGGAAGGAAGAAAAAACAGUAAUUCAUUCACAUUUCAUUAUUUAUUCAUACUUACUUGUUUUCCAAAUAAUACAACUCUGAGAGAUUUUCUUACAGUUGAUGAAUCAUCCUUGUUGCUAAUGAUAAAUGUGCAAACUGUCCAUAAAUACACAAUAAAGGAACGUUUGUCUGUG